AUCUUUCAGUAAUAUUGUAAUUUUUUAAAUGUAUAGAAGCAACGAAUCGUUUUAAUCAAUUUCACGUAAAAGAAAACAACAAAUCAAUAUUUUCCGUAUUAUUAUGGUUUAUUGUCAUAAUUUCUAAUUACGUAUUACGCAAAACAGUGAACCAUAAAUAUAGUAAUUAUUCGAUAUUUUUAAAUUGUACGAUAGAAAAAAGGACAGAUUAUUUAAAUUUUACUCGACCGAUUAAAAAUUCCACGAAAAAACGAUCUUAUUACCGAAAAAAGAAUUUCAUUUAAUUGCGCGUGAAAAUGCAAUUGAACGCUUCCGGUCAAAUAGUAGCGUUUUCGAAGUUACUAUAGAAUCGAUAAAGAAGUUCAGAAUGGAAGCCAGUCAUAAACAGCUUAUUUAUCUUCUUAAUAAUUGUUCGCCUCGACUAUUUACGACACAGAAAAAAUCAUCCUGAAGCUUCGCUUGCAGAUGAUCAAUGUUGGAAGGAUGGUAUUGUCGUUCAAUUGCAAACAACAAUGCAGAUGCAGAAGACGAUGACGAGGAUAGUCCAGAGGAAGAAGUGCCUAAUUACAAGGAUCAGUAUCGAAAUCUUAAGAGGAAAUUGAAAUUUUUAAUUUAUGAGAAUGAAUGUUUCCAAGAAGCUUUACGGUCCACGCAAAGGAAGUUGCUUAAAGUUAAUAGGGAUAAAAGUUUUUUAUUGGACCGUUUAUUGCAAUAUGAGAAGGUAGAUGCUUCGUUUAGUGAAAGUGAUGAAACAGAGUCAUCCGAUGAAGAAGUCACUCGUUUAGAUACUUCAAAAAGGAAAAAAAUGGAGAUGGGUAUUAGUAAUCAUACCUCACACCACAUACCAACAGUGACAAAACCUUUUAACACCAGUAAAAAGAAAAAACCUGCUCCAAAAGUGACAAAAUCAAACAGUAUACCUAUAGUACAAUCAUCCAAUAAUAUAGUACCAAUGUCUUUAAUGUCGGAUGGUCAUAUGACACCAGAAGAAGUGGAAAGACACUUAGAGUCUCGUCAGACUUAUUUGGAGCUUGUACCGGAAAAAGCACCACCUACAGUACCAACAGAAAUGUUCAGCAAUGAUCCUUCUUUGGAUAGCGAGUCGAAUGAAAUCGGAGAACUGGAAACAUCUCCCAGCAAUAUGGGUGAAGAUUGUCUCAGUGUAGACAUGAUGGCGGAGUGACACACAUUCGUUUAUAGUUUAGCGGUUAAUUACAAAUUGCACAUAAUUAUAUAUUGCGUUAAUAUUACUUUAUUCGGCUAACUUAACUGUACUCUUCGUAACGUAAUACAAAUUUUUAUACAGGUAAAAAAUCAUUCUGAAUAUCUCGCUCCUCUUUGUAUAUAAAAAGAAAAAUUUAAUUUGUGCUCGACAAUUUUCGUUCGUGUUUCACACGCAAAGCAAUUAUGAUAAUUUCCUUCCAGCAUGAUAGAGUACCCAUCCGUUAUUUUAAUCUCG